ACUUUUAUUGAGUGUGCGGCCUCCAAGGCUUAAGUGCAGGAAUGUGUUCAUUCCAGUCACUUUAAUUUGGGCCAAAUUGGGGGGGUUCAGUUUUCUCCAGUAAUUAUUUAAAGAUUUACUUAUCAAUGAGAAAGCGGUGUUGGGGGGCAACAUCGCUAAGGCACAUGUGCUGCUGAGGUUGGAACUCACGAGCUCAAGUCUGGGAAGUAGAACGUGUGGCGAUCCAGUUCUGCACGGCAUUGGCCAUCGCUGCUAAUUAAAGGUCAACUUUGAUUAUCUGCGUUCCUCAGAUCCAUUGAGCUACAGAAGAAUGCUUCGCUACCCCUGUUUUUAUAGAAUCUAUAAAGAAUUUCUUCCAUGCUGGUUGGAUUAUGGUGUACAUAAUUUAAGUGUCUGGCAAAACAAAAUACAUACUACAGCAGAAAGAUAUGAAUAUGAAGCCCAGGAGCAAAUAGAACGAACUGAAGCACAGGAGUUACUCAAAUCUCAAGAGAGAGAAUCUGAAGCUAUGCCUACAUUACAUAUCCCAGUAAUGGUGGAUGAAGUUGUUCGUUGUUUGGCACCAGAAAAGGGACAGAUUUUUCUAGAUAUGACAUUUGGUUCCGGAGGACACACAAAAGCCAUUCUGCAGAAGGAGUCAAAUAUUACUCUGUAUGCUCUAGACAGAGAUCCAGCAGCUUAUGCAAUAGCUGGACGGCUAUCAAAUUUGUAUCCCAAACAGAUCCAAGCUAUGCUGGGCCAAUUCAGCCAGGCAGAAACCUUGUUAAUAAAUGCUGGAGUGCAGCCAGGAACUUUGGAUGGAGUUCUUUUGGAUCUUGGGUGUUCCUCUAUGCAACUUGAUGCUCCUGAAAGAGGUUUUUCCCUUCGUAAAGAUGGCCCUUUGGACAUGAGAAUGGAUGGUGGCAGGUACCCUGACAUGCCCACUGCAGCUGAUGUUGUGAAUGCUUUAGAUCAAAAGGCACUUGCUUCCAUACUGAGAGCAUAUGGAGAAGAGAAAUAUGCCAAAAAAGUCGCUUCAGCAAUUGUUGAGUCACGUGGCAUCUACCCCAUCACCAGAACCCAGCAACUUGCCAGCAUUGUUGCAGGUGCAUUUCCCCCAUCUGCUAUUUAUGCACGAAAAGACUUGCUACAAAGAUCCACCCAUAUUGCAACUAAGACUUUUCAAGCUAUCCGCAUAUUUGUAAACAAUGAACUCAAUGAGCUUUACAUAGGACUGAAGACAGCUCAGAAGUUUCUGAGACCUGGUGGUCGCCUUGUAGCCCUCUCCUUCCAUUCGCUAGAGGAUCGCAUUGUCAAACGAUUCUUACUUGGGAUAAGCAUGUCAGAAAGAUUUAACCUGAGUGCUAGGCAACAGAUAAUACAAACAUCACAACUGGAUUCACUUCAUGAAAGCAGUAAAGAAACAACAGUAGAAAGGACCCCUUUAAAGUGGAAAUUGAUGCACAAGAAGGUACUUACUCCAGAAGAUCAGGAUGUACAGGAUAACCCCAGAGGGCGUUCAGCCAAGCUUAGAGCAGCUAUCAAAUUAUAAGAAAAUUGUUAUAAUCUAUUCACCCAAGUGUUUGUCACAAUUUCUUUUAAUUUUUUGCAUGCAAUAUUCCUGAACAGUGUGUGAUUGUACUACAUAUGUUUGGAAAUUGAGACUUUUGCAUAUUUUUUUCUUUAAAAGAAAUGUAGGAAAUAUUAGCACAACACAGAAACUUCAACUCGGACAUUAGCAUCUCAAAACUGGAAAAGAUGUAUUUAUUUUAGCAUUACAUGUGAGUUGUGAAACAGUCUUUUUUCUCUAGCCAGUAAUCUUUUUAAAAAUACUAUAUGUAUGUAUGUAUAUAAAUAUAUGAAUUCAAGCAGGAAAGUUUUUUUAUGCUUGGGAACAAUUAAUUACUACUAUAGCUUUCUCAAAUAUAAAUAUUAUGAUGCAAAUUCUAAAUUUGAAUUGUUUUUGAAGUGUAUCAUUCUGAUGUUAUUGUUUUAAAGGGAUUUUUCCAGAAUGCCAUGUUUCUAUAUAUGUUUCUGUAUUUACACAAUAAAAAUAAAGAAUUGUUAACAGUG